CUCAGCUAGAGAUAGAAAUGGUGCAAUGGCUCAAGUUAAAUAUUUUCUAAAGACACUCCUCUGAAAGAGUAAAUGAACUGCCUUGGACUCAUUUGUUAAGAGGUGCGGAUAGUGGCGGACAUUAAUAAUACCCAGUCGUAGGAGGCAAACCUGGAAACAGAAGGAUAGAGAAAAGAAACCAUGUUUCUAAUGAUGGAUUCGCCGGUGACAACAGACUGAUCUCUGGGACAUGUACCAAGUAAUGCUCCCCUGCCUUCCCAGAAUGCUAGCUUUCCCAAAGAAUGAAGCCUCUUGUAUCCUUUGGAUUUCUUGUGUUUUUCUCUCCGUACUGGUUCCACAAGGAUCAGAAGCCUUUCAGUGUGACAAUGGGGUCUCCUUGCCUGCUGACCACGUGUGUGACUUCACAGACCAGUGUGGUGACAUGAGCGAUGAAAAGCAAUGUUCCAGUUAUGAAAGAUGUGAUUUUGAGGAUGGUCUCUGCAGUGUGAUUCAAGAUCAGAGUCUGCGACUUGGCUGGACCAGGAGAAAUGGGAUGACUGGCCCAUCACCUCCAUUUUAUGAUCACAAUGGUGAUAUGCUUGCCCACUUCCUGUCAUUGGGCCCCAAUGUGGAUUCUCCCUCAAGCUUAAGAAGCAGAGUUUUUCUUCCAACGAAUAACCAACAUGCUUGUCAGAUUACAUUUUAUCACUUCUUCAGCCAAGCAAAUGGCAAAUUAACAGCUGGCAUUCAAACCACAUGUGGUGGUCCUGUACGGCAUUUAUGGCAAAACACAGCUGGGCUCCAGCAUCAAUGGGAAAGGAAUGUCAUCAAAAUCCAGAGUUCCCAACGAUUUCAGGUUGUUUUUCAAGGCCAAAUGAUUUCAACUCUUGAACGGGAUGAAGUCAUAGCUAUUGAUGAUAUAUCUUUCAGCUCAGGCUGCUUGCCCACAAAUGAUGAAAAUUUACCAUGUCAAGAAGCAUCGAAUACGGAGGAGACACUCUGCCAUCCAGAUGCAAGUCUCUGCAGAUUUAAUUCUACAGAUGGAGGAUUGAAGUUGUGUCAGGCCUGUGGAUUUGAAUUUGACAUGUGUAACUGGGUAGCAGAAGCAUCUGCCGGGCAAAGUUCCUGGGUGCGCAUAAAAACAAGAGAAAUUCCCAUCUUAGAAUCUACACCUCAGCAGGAUCAAAGUAGUGAUGAUGAAGGUUACUGUAUAUGGGUAGGGGCUAUGCAUGCUUCUACUCUUGACCAUUUAAACAGCAGAGCUUAUCUAAAUAGCUCUGUGUGUCACUGCUUGGGCAAGAGCUGCCAUCUUCAAUUCUAUUACUCUAUGGAAAACAGUGUUCUAAGAGUAGGACUGUAUCAUAAUAAGGAAGAAGAAAUAUUUUGGACAUACAGCACGUCAACUCACAGAAAAUGGGUGAAAGCAGAUGUGUUAAUCCCAGAAGGAUUGAAGACAUUUAAGGUCUUGUGUGAGUAGACUAUUUUGAACCAAGAAGGUUUUAUUGGGCUAGAUCAGCUCUGGGUCUAUGCCUGCUCAUGGGUCCCAUCCAGAAAGCCAUGCUCUGCAGAUGAAUUCACUUGUGCCAACGGCCAGUGUGUUGUCCAAGAAUUGGUCUGUGACUCUCAGAAGGACUGUCCUGAUGGGAGUGAUGAGGGUCCAGCAACUUGCUCGAAUCCUCUCAGGUGUGGCUUUGAGUCUGGUUUCUGCGGCUGGGAGCCAUUUCUCACAGAAGAUUCACACUGGGAAUUCGUGGAAGGGUCGACCAGGGUAGACCACCAUCUUCCUGAUGCUGAGGACACAACAAGCAGACAUCAUGGGUCGUUUCUUUAUUUGGGGGUGCAUCAGUCACCAGCAGUGGCGAAGCUUGGAAGUCCUGUUCUUACUAAAUCACGCACUGCCUCUACUCCAUGUCAGCUGCAGUUUUGGCACCGUUUGUCUCAGCAUUCACGCCUCUCGGUUUUUACAAGAACAGCCUGGGAUGGGGAUUUGCAGAAGCAAGGUGAGCUAAUCGGAGUCUCAGAACCUCAGUGGAGACAAGCAAAAAUGGAUCUCUUUGUAAGGACUGGAGAAUCUACUCUGCCUUUUCAGUUAAUUUUAGAAGCUGCUGUUGUAUCAUCAAAUGCUACUGUUGCUCUAGAUGACAUCAGUAUAUCCCAGGAAUGUGAAAUUUCAUAUAAGACACUUCCAGCUACUAGCAUAGAAAGCAAAGCUGGAUUUGUGCCACAUGAAGAUGCAGGCUCUCUUUUAUCCAGUAAGGGCUGUGCUUUUACAUCUGACUGCCUGGAUGGAGCAGAUGGAGUCAGCUGUGUUUCUGAAUGUGACUUUGAAGCAAACAGCUGCGGAUGGUUUGAAGCAACUAGUGAUGGUUUUGACUGGACGUGGAGCUCUAGAAGUAACCUGUCUGCUAAUUUUGAGCAUCAAGCCCCACUCCAGGAUCACACUCAUAACACAUCUGAAGGGCACUUUAUGUUCAUUCUGAAGAACAGCAACAGUUUAUUGCAAAUUGCUAAACUCCAGAGCCCAACUUUCAGCCAAACAGGACCUGGGUGCACACUUUCCUUCUGGUUUUAUAACCAUGGCCUCUCAGUGGGAGCGGCUGAGCUACAACUCCACAUGGAAAAAUCCAAUGACUCCACCGUGCUGUGGAGAGUGUUGUAUAACCAGGGCAAGCAGUGGUUCCAGGCAGUCAUUCAUCUUGGACGCCUUACUCAGCCCUUCCAUUUGGCAUUCCACAAAGUCAGUCUUGGUUUCUAUAACGGAGUCUCAGCUAUCGAUGAUGUCAGAUUUGAAAAUUGUAUGCUUCCACCCCCCUCAGAGAGCUGCAAAGGGGCAGAUCAUUUCUGGUGUCUAUACAGCAAGACUUGCAUAAAAAAGCUUCAGUUAUGUGAUCUGGUGGAUGAUUGUGGUGAUUAUACAGACGAGAUCGACUGUGAACCAGAGCUUCAGUGUAACUUUGAAAAGGGAAUUUGUAACUGGGAACAAGAUGCAGAAGACGACUUUGAUUGGACCAGGAACCAGGGCCCAACACCAACCCUGAACACAGGGCCGAUGAAGGAUAAUACUUUGGGCACAGCUAGAGGACACUAUCUCUACAUAGAAUCUUCUGAACCGCAGGUUUUCCAACACACAGCUGCUUUACUCAGCCCAGUCCUUAACGCCACGGACGCAGAGGGCUGCACCUUCCGCUUCUACUACCACAUGUUCGGCAAGCACAUUUACAGGCUGGCUAUCUACAAGCGAGUCUGGAACAACACGAAAGGACAGCUGCUGUGGGAGACAUUUGGGGAUCAAGGCAACAUCUGGAUAAGGAAGCACCUUCCCAUCUCCAGCCAGCAGCCUUUUCAGAUUUCAGUGGUGGCUUCAGUGGGAGAUGGCUUUACUGGAGACAUUGCAAUUGAUGAUUUGUCAUUUAUGGACUGUACCCUCUACCCUGGUAAUUUGCCAGUGGACCUCCCAGCUCCACCAGAAACUUCGGUUCCAGUAACGUUACCUCCACACAACUGUACAGACAAUGAAUUUGUUUGCAGGUCCAAUGGUCAAUGCGUUGCGAGUAUCCAGAAAUGUGAUUUUAGAUAUGACUGCUCUGACAAAUCAGAUGAAUCAUACUGUGCUAUGGAAGUUUGCAGCUUUGAAAAUGGAAGCCUUUGUAAAUGGUACCAGCCAAUCUCAGGAAAUUUAAUUCAAGACUCAAACACAUUCAGGUGGGGUGUUGGUAACGGGACCAGUAUUCACCACGGGGAGGAAAAUCACAGGCCGUCGGUGGACCAUACAACAAAUACCGCAGCCGGCUGGUACCUGUAUGCUGACAGCUCAAAUGGAAAAUUUGGCGACCUGGCUGACAUCCUCACUCCCGUGAUUUCCCGCACAGGACCAAGAUGUACCCUGGUGUUCUGGACUCACAUGAAUGGCGCCACCGUUGGUUCUCUCCAGGUGCUCAGCAAGAAAGACAAUGUUACUUCUAAAUUGUGGGCUCAAAGUGGACAGCAAGGUGCACAAUGGAAAAAAGUAGAGAUAUUUUUGGGCGUUCAUUCCUAUGUACAGGUUUAUUGUCUCAGGGCAAAGCGUGGAAUCAGUUUCAUAGGAGAUGUAGCACUGGAUGACAUUUCCUUUCAAGAUUGUUCCCCCCUACUUCGUGCAGACAGGACAUGUACCGCUGAAGAAUUCACAUGUGCUAACAAGCACUGCAUUGCCAAGGACAAGCUGUGUGAUUUUGUGAAUGAUUGUGCUGAUAAUUCAGAUGAGACAACUUUCAUUUGUGGUACUUCCAGAGGGAGCUGUGAUUUUGAAUUUGAUCUUUGUUCUUGGGAGCAGGAGCAAGGUGACGACAUUGACUGGAAUCUGAAGGCCAGUACCAUCCCUGCUAUGGGCACAGAGCCCGCUGCUGAUCACACCUUGCGGAAUAUGUCUGGUCAUUACAUCUUUAUUAAGAGCUUGUUCCUGCAGCAGCCCUUGAAAGUAGCCAGCAUUUCCAGCCCAGUCAUAAGUAGCAGAAGCAAAAACUGCAAGAUCAUUUUUCAUUAUCACAUGUAUGGCAAUGGCAUUGGAGCCCUCACUUUGAUCCAGAUAUCAGCAAACCAAAUGAAGGUCCUACUCAACCUCACUGGAGAACAGGGCAAUUUCUGGUGGCGGGAAGAACUAUCUCUGUCUGGAGAUGAGGACUUCCAACUCAAGUUUGAAGGCAGAGUUGGGAAAGGUCUCCAUGGUGAUAUUGCACUAGAUGAUAUCGUGCUUACAAAGAAUUGUCUAAUCUCUCAUCACUCCAUGAAAGAAGAACCCACAAUGCCACUUAGAUCUGGUUCCUGUCCAUAUGGCUAUCGGGAAUGUCAGAAUGGCAAAUGUUAUAAACCAGAGCAAAGCUGUAAUUUUGUAGAUGACUGUGGAGAUUACACUGAUGAAAAUGAAUGUGGGAGCUCUUGUACGUUUGAAAAAGGCUGGUGUGGUUGGCAGAACUCCCUGGCUGAAAACUUUGACUGGGUCUUGGAGGUUGGCUCUCCUCAAAGCCUAUGGCCUCCUGGAGACCACACACUUGGAAAUGAACAUGGGCACUUCCUGUAUCUGGAGGCUACUCCUAUGGGUGUCCAGGGUGAAGAAGCACACCUCAAGAGCGGUUUGUGGCAAGAAGCCAGCGCGGCCUGCACCAUGAGCUUCUGGUAUUUUAUAUCUGCCAAAGCUACGGGGUCCAUUCAGAUCCUCAUUAAGACGGAGAAAGGAUUGUCUAAAGUAUGGCAAGAAAGUAAGCCGAACUCUGGUGGUCACUGGCAAAAGGCAGUCAUCCUUCUAGGAAAGUUAAGGAAUUUUGAAGUCAUAUUCCAAGGUGUCAGAACAAGGGACCUGGGAGGAGGAGCUGCAAUUGAUGACAUUGAGUUUGAAAACUGCACGACUGUGGGAGAGACCAAUGAGAUUUGCCCAGAAGCCACUGAUUUUUUGUGCCACAGCAAGAAAUGUAUCGCAUCCCACCUUGUCUGUGACUAUAAACCAGACUGCUCUGAUAGGUCUGACGAAGCUCACUGUGGCCAGUACACAAGCACAACAGGAAGCUGCAAUUUUGAAACAACUUCAGGAAACUGGACCACGGCUUGCAGUCUUACUCAAGACUCUCAAGAUGACUUGGAUUGGGCCAUUGGCAGCAGAAUUCCUACUGAAGCUUUGAGUCCAGACUCUGAUCACACACCAGGUAGUGGCCGGAACUUCCUCUAUGUCAACUCAUCUGGCCCCAAAGAAGGAUAUACUGCAAGAAUCACUACUUCCCAAUACUUCCCAGCAAGCCUUGGAAUGUGUACUGUUCGGUUCUGGUUCUACAUGGUGGAUCCCAAGAGCUUGGGAGUAUUAAAGGUGUAUACUGUUGAGGAAUCUGGACUAAACUUCCUGGUGUGGUCAGUGAUUGGCAAUAAAAGAACUGGUUGGAUGUAUGGACAUGUACCCCUUUCCAGUAACAGUCCGUUUAAGGUGGCAUUCGAAGCGGAUGUAAGUGGGAGAGAGAACGUCUUUAUUGCCCUCGAUGACAUCUCCUUUACCCCAGAAUGUGAGUUUGGAGGUCCUGUCACUAUACAGCCGUCACCAUGUGAAGCCGAUCAAUUUUCUUGUAUCUACACACUCCAGUGUGUCCCCCUCUCAGGGAAGUGUAAUGGACAGGAAGAUUGCCUGGAUGGAUCUGAUGAAAUGGAUUGUUCCCUUGACCCCCCACCUCAGCUCUGUGGUCAGAUGGAGUUCCUGUGCUCCACCAACGAGUGUAUCCCAUCCCUCCUGCUGUGUGACGGCGUGCCUGACUGUCGCUUUAACGAAGAUGAAUCUGGCUGCUCCAACGAGAGCUGCUCUGAUGGAGCUUUGAUGUGUACCUCUUCUAAUAGCUGUGUCCCAGUUCACCGGCGCUGUGAUGGCUUGGUUGACUGCAUGGAUUUCCAGCUUGAUGAGUCCAGCUGCUUAGAGUGUCCAAGAGGGUACUGCAGAAAUGGUGGGACUUGCACAGUGGAGAAAAAUGGUCCUAUGUGUCGAUGUGGCCAAGGAUGGAAAGGAAAUCGUUGCCACAUCAGAGUUAACCCUCCAACUGCUGAUUUCAUGGACACGCAAAAGGGUAUAUGGACUCUCCUGGGUAUUGGAUUAGCUUUCCUGCUGACUCAUAUUACAGCAGCAGUCUUGUGCUUUCUUGCCAAGAGAAAAGUACCAAUAAGGAAAACUAAAAGAAGUGUUAACUCUGCAUUUGUUAAUCCAAUUUAUGGGAACUGGAACAACCCAGAGAAAAUCGAGAGUUCUGUAUACUCCUUUUCAAAUCCAUUAUAUGACACAACAUCAGGAAGCCUGGCGACUGUAUCAAAUCAUCCCAAAUAGCACCAUCAAGAUCAAGUAUGAUCUAGUAUGUAUAGUUUAUAGAAAAUUCCAAUCUGUAAAAGCUGGUAGAAAUUCAUCAUAUGAAACAGCAAAAAUAGAAGGGAUCCAGAAUACUACUCUAAUGACGACAUUUACAAUAAAUGUUCUUACUGAAUAUACUGAAUGUUUUCCUGGGAUCUGAAUUAGGACUUUAUCUUCAUUAUAUAUCUGAGUAUUUUAAUAAAGUAUUCCACCUAAGUUACUUGUUUUCCUUUGAUACUGUUACGGUUGCUUUUUAAAAUGAUGAAUCAGAUCAGAUCUUAUUUAUAAAGAAGUUUUAAAAUGCUUAUUUAUAUGCUAUCAUGCUUAGAAAUAAAUGUGAACUGACUUAGUGUACGAACUAGCAGGAGCUGGUGGACAAAUCAGAGUAAGCCUAACAAACAUAACCAUGAGAAAAAGUUAUUUCAGUCUUUGGGGAAACUGUGAUAAACUAUCAUCUUAAACC